CAUGUGUGCGCAUCGUGGCGUGCGCGCUCACGUGCGAAGCGAAUUGCCGUCUGACUUGAUCUUCCUCCCCUUCCUCAUCGUCGGCGUGGAGGCUGCGUGGAGGCUGCGGCAGUGCGCGGACGUGGCGAACAUGCUGGCGGCCAAAGGAGAAGGAGGGAAAUAAUCUUUUUUUUUUUUUUAACUCGUAAUUGAAUUUGAUUUUGCAUGCGGUGACGUGCUUGGCGGAGGCGACAUGUCAAACCCCAACAAGAGCAAAAAGGACAAAGAGAUCCUUGCGGACUACGAGAGUCAAGUGAAAGAUGUGCGAGCCCAGCUGGCGGAGCAGCAGCGCUGUCUGGAGCAGCAGACGGAGAUGCGCGUGCAGCUCCUCCAGGACCUGCAGGACUUCUUCCGCAAGAAGGCCGAGAUCGAGACCGAGUACUCGCGCAACCUGGAGAAGCUGGCCGAGAGGUUCAUGGCCAAGACGCGCAGCACCAAAGACCACCAGCAGUACAAAAAGGACCAGAACCUUCUGUCGCCGGUCAACUGCUGGUACCUGCUGCUCAACCAGGUGCGGAGGGAGAGCAAGGACCACGCCACGCUCAGCGACCUCUACUUGAACAACGUCAUCAGCCGCCUCACGCACAUCAGCGAGGACUCGGCCCGCCUCCUCAAGAGGAGCAAGGAGAUCGUUUUCCAGCUUCAGGAAGACCUCAUGAAGCUCCUCAACGAGCUCUACACCGUGAUGAAGAGCUACCACAUGUACCACGUGGAGACCCUCAACGCCGAGAGCAAGCUGCGCGAGGCCGAGCGGCAGGAAGGUCGGGCGAAGGGCGGCGCGGCCGAGCCCGUCUUCGGCCUGCGCACGGAGGAACGUCACCAGAGGCGCAACGCCGCCCGCAAGAUGGAGAAGAUGCGCGAGAAGAGGAAGGCAAAAUAUUCCGAGAACAAGGUCAAGACGCUGAAGGCGCGCAACGAGUACCUGCUGACCCUGGAGGCCACCAACGCCUCCGUCUUCAAGUACUACAUACACGACCUGCCCGACAUCAUUGACUGCUGUGACCUAGGGUACCACUCCAGUCUGAGCCGGGCCCUGAGGACGUACCUGUCGGCCGAACUGGGCCUGGAGGCGUCCAGGCGCGCCGGUCUGGAGGUCCUGGAAGGCGCCGUGGAGGGUCUGGACCCCGCCCGCGACCGCCAGCGCCUGCUGGGCCUCUACCCCACCGCCUUCUGCCCGCCGCCCCGCUUCAGCUUCCAGGCCCACAUGGGCGACACGGUGAGCCAGAUGGCCUCCCAGCCGCAGGUGCAGGCGGAGCUCACCUUGCGCCUGACGCAGCUGCAGACCCGCCUGGCGUCGCUGAAACUGGAGAACGAAGAGGUCAGAACACUCACGCCGACCAAACGACUCGAUGAGCAAAACGUACCCGGAGGACGGACCAACGGCACGGCCGGCUCUCGGUCCGCAGGUGAAGAAGACGUGGGGGGCCACGCUGAGCGCCCUUCAGGACAUGACGGCGCCGGACGACUGCGACGUCUCGCAGAGCUUCGCCCACAGUCCCUCGUCCGAGUCGGUCAAAUCCAGCGUGUCCGACGGCUACCUGAACAAACCCAGCCUGGCCAAGAGGCGGGCCAACCAGCAGGAGACGGAACUCUUCUACUUCACGGUGAGAGCGCCGUCGGGGAGCACCCGCGGACCGAGCGAGACCCAGAAAUGUGCUCUUCCAGAAAUUCCGCGAGUACCUGGAGGGGAGCAACCUGGUGUCCAAGCUGCAAGCCAAACACGACGUCCUCAAGAAAGCCAUCGCAGAGGGUUACAAAGCCGAGCUGCUCACCACCAGUCGCGGGCGGAAGAACUCGCACAGCAAGCACCAGGUACUUAGCGCGCCACUCCAAAGUCGAUCCGCGACUGAGCCGAUGGAUCCCAAGAGCCAAUGUCACGUGUGCGCAGGACUCGGGAAAAGCCAUCCCUCUGCUGGUGGAGAGCUGCAUCCGCUACAUCAACCUCCACGGUCUCCAACAUCAGGGCAUAUUCCGGGUGUCCGGCUCUCAGGUGGAGGUCAACGACAUCAAGAACUCCUUCGAGAGAGGUGACGACCCGCUGAUUGACGAGGAAAGCAACCGCGACAUCAACUCGGUGGCGGGGGUCUUGAAGCUGUACUUCCGCGGCCUGGGGAACCCGCUCUUCCCCAGCGACAGGUUCAACGACCUCAUCGCCUGCGUCCGAAUGGAGAACCUCUACGAGCGAGCCCAGUGCAUCCAAAAGAUCCUUGUGGGGGUGCCGAGGGCCACGCUGGUGGUGAUGCGCUACCUCUUUGCUUUCCUCAACCACCUGUCCAAGUACAGCGACGAGAACAUGAUGGACGCCGGCAACCUGGCCAUCGUCUUCGGGCCGACUCUGCUGCCCACCCCGGACUCGCUGGACCAGGUGGCCUGCCAGGCGCACGUCAACGAGGUGGUCAAGACCGUCAUCCUGCACCACGACAGCAUCUUCCCCGACGCCAAGGAGCUGCCGGGCCCGCUCUACGAGACCUGCAUGACCGGCGAGCAGUACUGCGAGAGUCCAUUCAGCGAGCCGGGAGCCCUGGAAGACACGGAGCCGGACGCCGGCGCCGAGACCCAGACCAGCGACGAGGAGGGCGAGGCGGUGGAGGCGGUGGCGAGGUUCGACUACGUGGGCCGCUCGGGGCGCGAGCUGUCUUUCAACAAGGGGGCCACGCUGCUCCUGUUCCAGCGCGCCUCCAACGACUGGUGGGAGGGCCACCACAACGGCAACCGCGGCCUGGUGCCUCAUCAGUACGUCGUGGUGAAGGACAGGGCCGACGCCGCGAGCCAAAUAGCUGACAGUGACAGCGGGAGCAGCAGCGCCGAGGACAAGAGGUCCACCCGAGACCUGCGCUCGCCGCCCGACAUCCGACCGCUGGAGUCAUACCACAGGAGGAAGCGGACGGAGGGCUUGUUCCGCCGUCCGCUGGGCCGCUCCACCGAGUGCCACGGCAACGGGGCGGCCGCGGAACGCGGCUCGCCCCCGGUGACGGGUCACUUCAGCCCCCGGGACCUGCUGCUGGGGCGGGGCCGGGGCCCGACGCCGCCCCCGGACAGCCCGGAGCGUCGGCGGCGCUCGGCCGGCGGCGCCGUCGCCGUCGGCCGACGCGACUCGCUGCGGAGGCCCGAGGAGACGCCCGUCCGCCGCUCCGGCUUCGACUCGCAUCGCUCCAGGGCCGCCGACUCGGGCGCGCCGCCUCAGGAUAUCGCGGAGACCGUGAGCGCGGCCCUGGGGGACUUCCGGCAGGCUGAGCGGCAGGGCCGCAGGCCGGCCCCGGACGUGGUCCUGGACACCUUGGAGCAGGUGAAGAACGGCCCCACCGCCCCGUGCUCCUCCGAGUCCCCGAGCCCCCACAGCACGCCCAGCACGCCGGGCACCCCGGGGACGCCCGGCACCCCGAGCCCCCUGGGGCCCCUCAGCCCCGUCGGCCCGCUGCCGGGACCGCCGCCGAGGCCGGCCAACCCGUCCCCGGAGACCCCGGGCUCCUUCAAGCCGGCGCCGGCCCCUCGGGCGGGGGUCCCGCCGAGGCCCCCCGCCCUGCGGCCGAAACCGGCCGUGCCGCCCAAGAGCGGCACGCCGCCGCUACCCCCGCCGCCGCCGCUCGACAAAUCCUGCACCAUGUGAGCCACGCCGGGGCGAGCGCCAGCGGGGCCACGGGAGGAGAACAGGGUAUCGCCCCAAAAAAAUUUUGAGGGUACAAAGUCGGACGAGUGAGGGUUUGACGGACAAAAAGACGAGCGAAGGCGCGGAUGCUGCAGUGCAGUCCAACGAAUGUGUCAAGUAGAAAUGGAAAAUAGGUGACUGACGGCGCUAGCUUGACUGACUCGUCUCGCAAAACAAGGUACAAAAAGGGAAAUGCCGUCCAUUUGGUGCAGCCCCCCCCCCACGUGAUAUACUCACGAGAACCGCUCCAAUGAGUGCCGUUGGGGAGGAUGUCAGCGCUCUCUCUGUCCUAUUUCGCAAGUGCGACCACAUCAAGGGACGAAGAGCAACCUGAGAACGGAAAGCAAACGGCCUUGAAUGAGCCCAACAAAUGAAGAGUUUGGAAAUUGGGACCCGCUGAGACCCGCCCGGGCCACCCACACGUGGGCAACAUUCUUUUCUUCCAAAAGGGGGCGCAAGCACCACUUUCCAAUUUGUCACCUAACGCUUUCAAAAAUAUUUGGACACGUAGAGAAUAGAGGAGGGCUCCGAUUGGACGAUGGAUUUUUCUUUUUUUUUUAAUGUAAAGAGUGUGAAUUGGAGGGAUGGGAAUGUUUCUGGGGGUGGUGCAAAAGAACAGCUGAAUGCUCUUGCGCCCCCCCCCCCCACUGCUAAUGCUGAUAUUUGCGUGUUGUCAGGUUGCCGUCUUCUCUUGUUGUACAGAAGCGGCGAGCCGGCCUGAGCCAGGCCCGCUCAGACAAACCAGUAAGGGACCUAUAACCAGUAGUUCUAGUCAAGUGAAUGUUGGACCGUGCCGUGACCUGGCAUCGCUCCUCCUUUUAUCUUUAUUUAUUUUGGGGGCGGGGGGGGUCUCUCUCCUGCCCUCCCUAAGUUCUGCUGCUAAUCCAAACGUCCAGCUAACUACUGAAUGAAUGAAUGUUUUUUUUUACAUGACUGUUCAUCUAUUGAAUGUGACUUCAGAAUUCUAAGAGCCGCCUUCUUUCUGAGGUGAGGGGGGGGGGCCGUUCAGACAGGGUGCCGUGCGCGGAGGCAACUUUUCUGGCGCGCGCCUGCGCCGCCCGCCUUGGCCUCGUACGCGCAGAUCUUCGAGAAUCGUCAUCAAAUGAUUCACGCCUGGCUUGAGUGCCCCAAGAUGGAAAUCAAGCAUGCCACUUUCUUGAUGCGCGUGUCAAAAGGUUUACCUGCUCGCUACACUAAAGCUUCUCAAACUGGGGUUUCCGGACCCCCCGGGAUGCCGAAAAUAAUCCGCAGGAGGAUAAUUUUCAAAAUGAAUGGGGGCGGGGGAAGCUGCAAAUAAUUGGGUCUCAAAAUAUGGGACUUGACAGGGGAUACCACAAAGUACUUGCUGCGCUUUAAUCUGGCGAAAAAUGUCACCCCUGUGAGGGGGGGGGGGGGGGGGGUCGCUGGACCCCAAAAGUUUGAGAACUCCUGCACUCAACUCACAAGUUAACCUUAACCUCCCGGGAAGUAAACAGGGCGGGGCUUCCGUGUUGAAAAUGCCCCCAAUCCCACCCCCACCCCCAAAAAAACAAAA